GGGUACAUACGCCGCCUGGGCUCUGCCCGCCGCUCAUUGUUUCCGGGGCCUCGGGGCUCUGCGAAAGGGGCCGAGGAGCCUGCAAGCGACCCGGCCUUGGUGGCUGGGCUUUCGGAGCCCGGCCGGCAGUAGCUCUUGGUGCCUCCACUAUUAGAUGAGGAUGUUGACACUUCUUCCACUUCCAACCUACUGCCAUCUGGGCCUCAGCACUGAAGUUCAAUUCUCAGCCUUCACUACCUCUCCCUGGUUUUACUUUUAUUGAGGAGGUUGUGAGAAGGAACCAUGGAUCCUGCAGCUUUGGUGGAAGCCAUUGUGGAAGAAGUGGCUUGUCCCAUCUGCAUGACGUUCCUGAAGGAGCCUGUGAACAUCGACUGUGGUCACAGUUUCUGCCACAGCUGUCUCUCUGGACUCUGGGAGGUCCCAGGAGAAUCCCAGAACUGGGGUUACACCUGUCCACUCUGCCGGGCUCCUGUCCAGCCUGGGAACCUGCGGCCUAAUUGGCAGCUGGCCAAUGUUGUGGAAAAAGUCCGUCUGCUAGGGCUUCACCCAGGAAUGGGACUGAAAGGUGAUGUGUGUGAGCUCCACAGGGAAUGGCUUAAGUUGUUCUGCAAAGAGGAUGGCCUGAUGAUGUGUGAGGCCUGCAGCCAGUCCCCAGAGCAUAAGACCCACAGCGUUGUGCCCAUGGAGGAUGUCGCCUGGGAGUAUAAGUGGAAACUCCAUGAGUCCCUGGAACAUCUGAGGAAAGAGCAAGAAGACGCAUGGAAGCUGGAAGUUGGCGAGAGGAAACGAACUGCCAACUGGAAGAUACAAGUGGAAACACGAAAAAAGAGUAUCAUUUGGGAGUUUGAGAAAUACCAGCGAUUACUGAAGCAAAAACAGAUGCCAAGUCAACGGCUAGAGGUGGAGGCAGCUGCAGCCCUGGCCAGCCUUGAGCAGGAGGAGCGAGAAACGAUGCAGAAACUAGAGCUGAAUCAUGAUAAGCUAGUCCAGCAGAGCCGGGUGCUAUGGAGGAUGAUUGCAGAGCUAGAAGAGAGGUCUCAGAGACCUGUCCGCUGGAUGCUUCAGGGUAUUCAGGAAAUCUUAAACAGGUGCAAGUCCUGGAGCCUGCAGCGGCCAGAACCAGUCUCCCUGGAGCUGAAGACGGAGUGCCGUGUACUGGGACUAAGAGAGAUCCUAAAGACGUAUGCAGCUGAUGUAUGCCUGGAUCCAGACACUGCUUACUCCCGCCUCAUUGUGUCCGAGGACAGAAAAAGCGUGCGUUAUGGAGACACCAAGCAGAAACUGCCUGACAAUCCUGAGAGAUUUUACCGCUACAAUAUCGUCCUGGGCAGCCAGUGCAUCUCCUCAGGCCAGCACUACUGGGAGGUGGAGGUGGGAAACCGGUCGGAAUGGGGCCUAGGAGUGUGUAAGGAAAACGUAGACCGCAAGGAAGUGGUCUAUUUAUCCCCCCACUAUGGAUUCUGGGUGAUAAGGCUGAGGAAGGGAAAUGAGUACCGGGCAGGCACCGAUGAAUACCCCCUCCUGUCCCUGUCCAUACCUCCACGCCGGGUGGGGGUCUUCCUGGAUUAUGAGGCCCAUGAUAUCUCCUUCUACAAUGUGACUGACAAUGGCUCCCACAUUUUCACUUUCCCCCACUACCCGUUCCCUGGGCGCCUCCUGCCCUACUUUAGUCCUUGCUACAGUAUUGGAGCCAACAACACCGCUCCUCUGGCCAUCUGCAACCUGGACGGAGAGGAUUAAGACAUUGACCAUCCUAGCCAGAGACCUUGCCACGUUGCCUGGCCUGCAGGGUCUUGGAGAACCCUGCCACUGAUAAGUGUCCCCUCGAACUGAGCUGAGCCUGGAAUCCAGGGAUUCCUCUGCGUAACCCAGCAGUCUCUUGCUUUUAGGACAAAGUCUGUCACUAAACUACUAGUGUAAACAGAUUGUGGCUGAUGAUGUGGAUCAGGGCAGUUCUAAGAUAACUUGUUGGUAUAAGGAUCAGGGAUUUGUCCGUUCUGUAGUUCAUGCCCCUCUCGCCUGGUCCCUAUCCAGUGCCAUAAUUAGUCAGUGAGGAUGAUGAAGUGGAUACAAUCUCCAGGAAACCCUUGAGAUAGGAUUUUUUUUUACCAACAAGCUAAAGGAAUAUUGCUUAUAUUCAGAGCUGGCUGCUGUGCUGAUACCAGAGGAUGCUGCUUCACCUGGGUUUUGCUGCUCCUGACCAAACCAUACCUGACCCUCGCUCUCUGACUUCCUGACUACAGAAACGCAAUGCAGCAAAGAAUCCAGGACUUCUCCAGGCCACUCUCUGAGCACCAGCUGGACAAAUCAUUUUAUGUCAGGCUCUAAGGAAACCUGUUUCCUAUUCCCGUCUCUUUCUGUGAGUGGCCGGAUUAGAAAACCUGUGAGCCUUAGUUUUUAUUUUUUCUUCAUGGAUGAGGAAACUGAAAUGGCCUUAAUGCAGCAAGUUAUUUUUCACAAAGCUGUUCAAGAAGAUGAUUUUAAAGCAUUCUCCACAUUCAGAUGAAAUAAGAUUGGCAGAUUCUCUUCUUAGGUCACAUAUCUGAAUAUCAUUCAUCACUUUUGGGUCUCAAGCAUUUCCUGUUUGAAAGCUAUUAGGUUUCCUCAUUGGAAAAAUGAAUAUAAUAACUGCAUACUCCCCUACCUCACAGGGUUGUUGUGAGGAUCACAGAUUCAUCCUAUACUUCUGUUCCUUUCUCAGGGAUAGAGGAAGGCAAACCAUGGAUUUUGAAUGUGGUAACCUUCCCAUCUCCCCAUUGUAGAGUCAGCAUCUUCACAGCAGUGCCUUUGUUCCCUAGGGCCUCUCCUGACAGUCCAGAGCCCUUUAGACAAAAAGGUACCCAUACCAGUGGCAAACCCUGGGCUACAGUAGUAUAUUGUACAUGUGAUUAUAUGUGUUUGUCUUUGGAUUAGAAUGUAACCUCAGGGUGGAGAACAAAAAUAGUAAAAUGGGAAGAAGAAAACAAAUGAAUAGGAAGGAAGACUCAAGCUCAGGCCAAUUUGGCAAAGGCUUGGAUCUUUUGAGUUCAGCAAGGGAAUCUCCAUGGUUCUGGCAACUACAUAGUAUUUUCUCUGCCUUUCUCUUCUCCAAAUCUCUGACAGGAGGAGGGAAGUGUCAGGAGAAAGACCAGGACUAGGUGUAAAAAAUAAGUUUUUGGAGCCAUAUAUUAUAAUGAAAGCGGAUUAAGACUACAUAUCUGUGAUGUUGACCACAGGAUGAUUGCUGUGUGUGGUAGGGAAGGUUGUACAAAAACAGUUCACUCAGAUCUUAAGAGUGUGAUGUGGGAAUGACCAUGGCUAGAAACAAACUUCGAGGCAAGCACUCAAUAAUUAUUGGCUUUGCUUAUUGUGUGAGGGUUCAGUGUGUGACCAUUACAUACUGUCACCAUGAUACUGUAUAAUACAACCUCUCAUGUAGUUUAAGCUUGAAGAUAGUGGUUGGUGGGUUAGGAUUGGAUAGCAAAGUAGAUACUAGGUUAAACCCAAAAACCUGGUACCCUCAAAUUGAUUCCGACUCAUAGCAACCCUAUAGGACAGAGUAGAACUGCCCCAUAGGGUUUCCAAGGAGCAGCUGGUGGAGUCAAACUGCCAACCUUUUGGUUAGCAGCUGAGCACUUAACCAUUGUGCCACGAGGGCUCCAAGAUACUAGGUUAGGCAUGCACAAAAGUAAAAUAGCUUUAAAUUAUCUGUAAUAAGGGAUAGCAGAAAUGGUUUUCACCUUUAGUUGUUUGGCUGUGCACAUAUGAAGGAGGUAAAAUAAACCAAAAAGGAGCCAAUAAACUCAUUCUACCUAGACACAUGCUUCCAAGUUGCUCUUCCAGCAUUGCCAGUAAAAGGGAGAAGUUUCUGUCAGCUGCUUGGAGGGAAAUGAGCUGGUAAGUCUCACGGACUUGAUCUUGGAAAGCGGUGAGCUACAUUACCAAAAACCAAACCCAGUGCCGUUGAGUCGAUUCCGACUCAUAACGACCCUACAGGACAGAGUAGAGCUGCCCCACAGAGUUUCCAAGGAGCGCCUGGCGAAUUCGAACUGUGGACCCUUUGGUUAGCAGCCGUAGCACUUAACCACUAUGCCACCAGGGUUUCCUGAGCUACAUUAGAGGGACUAUAUAUGUCUUUGUGUGUGUGUGUUCUCUGGAGGAGUCUUUAUAGAACUGAGAAAUAGAUCCUUAGGAAGCAGUUCUGGUUAUGACUAUGGACAAAUAGUAAAAGAGUCUAGGGGCUAAAUCAAUCUUUGUUUACUAUGGUUUAAUUAAAACAAAUCUUGGAUGGUUAACAGAAAAAGGGUUAUUUGGUGAUAAAUGCAUUCAAACCUGGAAUAAUUAAAGAGUGGAAUGGCCUCAUUUGUAAUGUACUAUUUUUUUGUUGUUGUUUGGUUGGUUGGUUGGUUGUUUUUUGGUUUGUUUGUUGACAUAAUCUGAUUCAGUUGCUGUAGGAUUACUUGCUAGAAGUAUUACGAGUUUAAACAAAGCCACGUUUAUUUCACGGUAAUUUUUUAAGACCUGUAGGCAAGAUUAAAGUUCUUAAGAGUAUGAAAACGUUUUGCUCUAGGGUGUUGCUCACAGUUUUCUUCUAAGAACCCCAUGAAGACAAGGACCUUGUUUGUCUGAUUCACCAUUAUAGCCCCAGUUUAACAUGGUAUAUAUGUGUAUAUAUACUUGCUGAAGUAUAUAUAUGUUGUUGCUAAAUAUUGGUUAAAUGGGAGAACUUGCGUUCAUAUGCCUAGAAUCAAAACAAAAAUAAUUUUUUCUUGCCUCAUAGGGGCAUGAAAAACAGGAGGUAACUAAUUAUAAUCCUAUUCAAAAACAUAUUCAAUGGAUAAUUUAUUUUACUGUGACCCUCGAAAGUGGCCCAGAAAGGGAAGAGGCAGCCAUGUCAAGGGUAGAACAUCUGCUCUGCUCCUGUCAUGUCUAAGAUGACACCUCUGACUUGAUGAGGGUGAUCAUUCACUGCAAGGCAGGGACAGGCUUUGCCCAUCCUUGUUUUGUUGUUGUUGUGUGGCGUCGAGUUGGUUCCAGCUCAUAGCGACCAUAUAGGACAGAAUAGAACUGCCCCAUAGGGUUUCUAAGGCUGUAAUCUUUACAGAAGCAGACUGCCACAUCUUUCUCCCAUCCUUUUUUUAAUAGCAGAGAAACCAAAAAGUACAAUGCCUGAGCCUUGUAGGGGAGAAGAUACCAAAAAGGUAAAAUGCAUGAGUUCCGCAAGAGAAGGAAACAGGCAAAUUCUAGGGCCAACAAAUCUCCACAGGAAAUCAAGCCACCAUUUUUUUUCAGGCAGGAUUGGUUAUAAUCUCUUAAAAAUCCAAAUAUUGAGAGUCUACUGUGGCUACCAGAUAUUUGUUAAAUAAGCACACACUGCUUUGUGUGAUAGGACCAGGGCCUCAUUUGAAGCACAGGAUUUUUUCUUUGGGGUAGCCAUUGCAGGAAACCAGGACACUUUGGGAAGCAUGUAGUUCAGUAAAUAUUUGAGUACCAACAGUGGGCACCAGCUAGAUGCAGGGAGUACCAGUGUGAGUGAAACCAAGGCAGCAGAGCAGGCCCCCUGCUGGAAAUGCUGGAAAGAAAUGUCUGUUUGGAGUGGAGACUGGACAGUACCUGUGUUCCAGUACAUCACAUUCUUUAAUGCAUCUAAUAUUCUUUGAUUUAAUGGACAUAGUCAAUUCUCAGGAUUAUGAAAAAAGAAAGUGAGUUUUCAAAAUGGGAAUCUUAUCAAAUCUACUUAACCACCUCAUGCUCUCAUUUUGUUUUAUGUUAGGACGUUGCAAGCGAGUAGAGUUCCUUUUUGCAGCUAUGUGAGACCUCAGUGCAUCGUUAUCUGGUUUUUAGAGGCUGAUUCCUACUCUGCUAGUAUUCAGGAAUAGAGAUAAUACAUUCGUGGCAGGUAAACAAGUACAAUGAUAGCAAAAGGUAUAGAUGCUGACUUGUUAAACAGCAGAUUUAUUUGGAAAUAUUAUCACAUGACUACCGAUCUGCACAAGACUGCAGUUUUACUAGUAUCUGGAAGCAACCCUUUAAAAUUAUGAAAUUAGAAAUUUAUCACUAGUUGGAUUUUUUUUAAUGCAUACAAUAUGUCAGAUAUCACAUCAAGUGCUUUCCAUCCAUUAUUUCAUUUAAUUUUCAAUACCUUCUGUGAAUUAACCUUGUUUCCCUCAUCAGUAGAAAGGAAAUAUUAAGCCUCAAAUCAAUGCAGUUUUUCCUUGCACUUUGAAUUUUAACAUUCUUAAAAAAUUAUUUUUUAUUAAAAUUUUAGAAUGUACCAGUGUUGAAUAUAUUUAUCUCUCACAUAGGUGAUUUUUUUCUUUUAACGUAUACCUGCCACUCGAUUUAAGACUUUCUGAAAGGGGGAAAUGAAAACAGAAAACAAAUAUCUGGUGACUAAAAGAAGAGUAAUACCAUUUCACCUUCAUCAUUUACAUUGUUUCCUAUUUACCUUUUCAUCCCAGGCAACUCCAUCUUAGAUGUGUCCACAAGAAGAAAGACCUGUGUGAUACUCGUUUCCUCUCUUUUCUGUUUUAAGGUUGAGUUACACAGAGCAGGAAUAGGAAACAAAGGGAAAGAUCCAAAACUAAACUCGUAUUGAUUUAGCUUCUGUUGCUUAAAAUCAAAAGGCUGAUGACUAAUAAACUAACUCCUAGUAGCCUGGCGAUACUGGGGUGAGUUAAAAGAAUAUAGGGGUAUCGUACAAAACUUAAUGACAGGAUAUACCUGGCUGUUCAGAAUGAAUUGGAAUCCAAGGCAGAACUCAAAAUCCCUUCAUCCAUCUUGCUAAUCAGCUUCUCUUGCUGUGGACCAGGUUUCUUUUUCGAAGUCCCCGUACUGUAAAGUGGCCAUCAUCAGUGAUCCCAAGUUUAUAUCUCAGAUAAACUGGAGUCCAUGAAGGACCCAAACUGAGUGGAUGCAGUGGGCCAGUGAGCAGGGUCCUAUAGUAAC